CUGUGGUCUGUAUUUUGUAAUGUACGAUUCGUAUGCUUGUAAUGUAUCGAUAGAUCGAAACCUAAACCGCUAGACGCGAAAUUGGCAGUUGUACAUUGUUUGUGCAUUUGUGGUGUGCAGUGCCAGAUCGAAGAGAAAAGGGUACAUGGGACAAAAAAAAAAUCAGAACUGUAGCGUUGACUCUAAUGAAUUUCGCCUAAGAGAAUUGCAGACUUUUGAAAGAAAGAAAAUACACAAAAAUGAGCCGGAAAGAAGCUUUGUCACAGUUCAUCCAGCAGAUACAUGGGCGCCCUGUAGUUGUCAAGCUGAACAGUGGAGUUGAUUACCGAGGAGUUCUUGCCUGUCUUGAUGGUUACAUGAACAUUGCAUUAGAACAGACUGAAGAAUAUGUGAACGGUCAGUUGAAAAACAAGUAUGGUGAUGCAUUUAUCCGAGGGAAUAAUGUUUUAUACAUAAGUACUCAGAAGAGGAGAAUAUGAUUGAAAUUUGCCUUAAUUUCUCUUUGUUUUGUUAUACCAUGAAGAUUUUUUUAAUGUAGAAUUGAAAUUGUAAUAUGAUAACUACUUUGUGAAUGAAAUAAAGUGUCAA